UCACCUUUCCUAGCUUUAACGUGAGCAAUGACAGCUGACGCCGAGCCUGUCGAGGCUAAACGGUUCCACGAGGAUGAAAACGAUGUCGGUCAUGUGCUAAUGGUUUCAGUCACCUAAUUCCAGCCCAGCUCAACUCCUCUGGGACAUGUUGGACUGUGUUAGACACAAGUGAAUGUUUUUGGAAGGAUUGUUUUAUCCCUCCAGUGGUGUUCCCCUGGUAUGUUACACGUCAUAUUAAAACGAAAGCUUUUCAAGUAAAUGUUGUACUAAAUGAGAAAACAAAUAAACGGUCUCAGUACAGUAAUGUCACAUAAAAAGGUAUACAUGCAAUUAAACUAAGACAUCAAAUAAAGUUCCUUUUACCCAUUUUCCAGUAGGAAACAAUUGAUUUUUGUAAUCAAGUCAUUCAAAUCACUUGAUGAAUCGUUGCUAAUAAAUCGUAAUGUCUUUGUCAGGUGUUAGCUUUCACUGAUAUUUUCUGCAUUAUUUUCACCACAGACAAUGAGACAGCGGUGUACACACUCAUGCCAAUGGUCAUGGCAGACCAGCACAGAUCAGUGUCAGAGUUGCUGCUCAACUCCAAGUUUGAUGUGAAUUAUGCUUUUGGACGAGUGAAGAGGAGUCUGCUACACAUCGCAGCCAACUGUGGCUCAUUGGAGUGUCUGGUGCUGCUGCUAAAGAGAGGAGCCAAUCCAAACUAUCAGGACAUCUCAGGCUGCACCCCUCUGCAUCUUGCUGCCAGGAAUGGACAGAAGAAGUGUAUGGGGAAACUGUUGGAAUAUAAUGCUGACGUCAAUAUCUGUAACAAUGAAGGCCUGACUGCUAUCCACUGGUUAGCAGUAAAUGGGCGAACAGAGCUCCUGCAUGAUCUGGUCCAGCAUGUGUCCAAUGUGGAUGUUGAAGACGCCAUGGGCCAGACAGCGCUACAUGUAGCCUGUCAAAACGGACACAAAACAACGGUGCUUUGUCUUCUGGAAAGUGGAGCUGACAUUAACCGACCAAACGUCUCUGGAGCAACGCCUCUUUACUUUGCUUGCAGCCACGGCCAGAGAGACACAGCCCAGAUCCUUCUCUCUCGAGGUGCCAAGUACAUCGCUGACAACAAUGGAAUCACUCCACUGGAUGUCUGUGUGCAGGGAGGAUAUGGAGAAACCUGUGAGAUUCUCAUCCAGCACCAUAGCAGGCUGUUCUUGACCCUCAUCCAGAUGACGCAGAAUAAUGACAUUAAAGAGAACAUGCUCAGACAGGUUCUGGAACAUGUCUCUCAGCAGAGUGAUAGUCAUUACCACAGGAUCUUGACCAGUCUUGCAGAAGUGGCUACCACCAAUGGACACAAGCUUCUCAGCCUGUCUAGCAGUUAUGAAGCGCAGAUGAAGAGUCUGCUGAGAAUUGUUCGUAUUUUCUGCCAUGUGUUCCGCCUGGGGCCUUCAUCACCAAACACUGGCAAUGACAUGGGCUACAAUGGAAACAAGACGCCACGCAGCCAAGUUUUUAAGCCUCUGGAGCUACUAUGGCACUCCCUGGAUGAGUGGCUGGUGCUCAUCUCUACAGAGCUGGAAAGGAAUAGGAAGAACCCAUCUUCCUCCUCCAGCAGCGAUAUAGCCUCUCUGCUUCUGAAACAGCGUGAGUCAGAACAUGAUGGGUCCACGCCAAAGCUUCCCUCCUUGCUGGAUCAUCAGAUUGUCAUCGAAUCAGAGGCGUAUGCUGACGGGGAGGACGUCAUCUCCAUGACAGCCAGUCGACUCAGUGCUGUUAUCCAGGCUUUCUACAUGUGUUGCUCCUGUCAGAUGCCCCAAGGAAUGACAUCACCCCGCUUCAUUGAGUUUGUCUGCAACAAUGAUGAUGUGCUCAAGUGUUUCGUUAUCAGAAAUCCAAAGAUUAUCUUUAACCACUUCCACUUUCUCCUUGAAUGUCCAGAGCUGAUGUCACGCUUCAUGCAUAUCAUUAAAGGCCAGCCCUUUAAGGAUCGGUGUGAGUGGUUCUACGAGCAUCUGUUGGCCGGCCAGCCGGAUUCUGACAUGGUUCAUCGUCCAGUCAAUGAGAAUGAUGUGCUGCUCAUCCACAGAGAUUCCAUAUUUAGGAGUAGCUGUGAGAUGGUGUCAAAGUCCACCAAUGAAAAACUCAAACAAGGCAUUGCUGUUCGUUUCCAUGGCGAGGAGGGUAUGGGCCAAGGUGUAGUUCGGGAGUGGUUUGACAUUCUAUCCAAUGAGAUCAUCAACCCAGACUACGCUCUGUUCACUCAGUCAGCUGAUGGUACAACGUUUCAACCCAACAGCAACUCAUCAGUGAACCCAGACCAUCUGAACUACUUUCGAUUCGCAGGUCAGAUUCUGGGUCUCGCUCUGUACCACCGCCAGCUGGUCAACAUCUACUUCACACGCUCAUUCUACAAACACAUACUCGGUAUCCCUGUGAAUUACCAGGACGUGUCUUCUAUCGAUCCAGAGUAUGCUAAGAAUCUGCAGUGGAUCUUGGACAAUGACAUCAGCGAUCUGGGCCUGGAGCUCACCUUCUCAGUAGAGACUGAUGUGUUCGGAGCGAUGGAGGAAGUGCCACUAAAACCCGGAGGGACCAGCAUCCUGGUCACCCAGGACAACAAGGCCGAGUAUGUGCAGCUAGUGACAGAGCUGAGGAUGACUCGAGCCAUCCAGCCUCAGAUAAAUGCAUUCCUGCAGGGAUUCCACACCUUCAUCCCCGCCUCGCUCAUUCAGCUCUUUGACGAAUAUGAACUGGAGCUCCUGCUAUCAGGGAUGCCCGAGAUUGAUGUGCAGGACUGGUGUAGGAACACUGAGUACACCAGUGGAUACGACACUCAGGAGCCAGUCAUCCAGUGGUUCUGGGACGUGGUGACGGGCCUGACCCAGGAGGAGAGGGUUCUCUUGCUUCAGUUUGUCACGGGAAGUUCCAGGGUUCCUCAUGGAGGAUUUGCCUACCUGAUGGGUGGGAGCGGUUUACAGAAAUUCACUAUUGCUGCAGUCCCGUACACCUCCAACCUGCUGCCUACCUCGAGUACCUGUAUCAACAUGCUGAAACUUCCAGAAUACCCAAGCAAGGAGGUCCUGAGGGACCGCCUGCUGGUGGCUUUGCACUGUGGGAGCUAUGGCUAUACCAUGGCCUGAGCAGCGUCUGCAGGUUUGACCGUCUCCAGCCUCCACCUCCUCCACAGACGACCCUUUUGCAGUCAGCUGCUUCUUCUGCUGGAUGAACAGGGAAAAUCCUUAAACAGGUCCAGAUCUCCCUUCACGCCUGUGCCAGGAUUUCAUUUUUUAGCUUUCAUUGGAGACACAGCAGAGACUGACAGGAGUGCAGAGGGAGAACCUGCAGCAUGUGGUCGCCUCCUCAUCCCACUGAGCUAAACCAGCACCCAGCAUUUCAUUUUUAGGUGAUUUAUGCAAAUCAUGUAUUUAAAUGGACUGUUUUUCAUGCAGAUAUUUAUUUAGGAUUAAAACACUAUUUAGAAGAUACGUUUUGUACUGAAAACACAUACCAACACACAUUUUGUGUCGAGAUUAUAUAUCAAAGUGCAUCAUAAACAUUAUCACAAUAUAUGGAAUCACGUUUUGUUUUUGUGCCGUCUCAGGCCUUCAUCGUUCGUUUACUCUUUGGGCCGGCAUUGUGUAACUGUUUGAUACCUGGGCCAAUAGCAGUGAACGGUUUUUGAUACCUUUGGUUUUAUAAUUACAUGACCAGAAAUAGUCGUAAUCGUUUGCCAUUUAUUUCUUAGAUGACUCAACAAGGCAACACAGCAACCAACUGCACAAAGUAUCAAAAGCCCAACCUGAGCAACGAAACAAAGUUUGAAACAUGGAACAAGUCUGUAAACAUGUAGACUCCAUGUCCUCUUACAGGCGGCGCCUCCUUUGACAGAUUUGUCCUACGUUGUCAUGGCGCCGCUAUAACUGUAUUCAAUAAGAUUUUGUCAUUUAAACCUUCUUUUAGGCUCCUCCCUGAAAGCUGAAACCAAAGUCAGCUGGAUGGGUGAUGAAACGUUUCCCCCGCUGAAAGCACUGAUGAUGAUGAUGAUGAUGAUGAUGAAGAGAGUCCACGUUUUGAAAGCAGGACUCUUUUUCAGUUUUUGUUAUUGUUGAUACAACAACAAAGAGAUGGGCAUCGUGCCAUUAAUGUAUCAGCUUGCUGUAUUUUUCCUCUUUGUAAAGGGAGCAUAUAAAUAAUGCAGAGAUCGUUUAA